ACCCUUAAAGACCAACUUUGCUUGCUCUUUUGGGAGUGCCUCAGUCACAAACUCUCAUCAUUGCUGAAAAAAAUCCAAACCCAAACACAAACACAAAAUUCAACAAUGGGAAAUAGCUUGGGUGGGAAGAAAACCACAAAGGUGAUGAAAAUUGAUGGGGAAACCUUCAAGAUCAAGGCACCGGUGAGAGCAAGUGAAGUUCUUAAGGACCACCCUGCAGGUCUUGUUCUUCUCGAGUCAGAGGCAGUGAAGCAUUAUGGCGUAAGGGCAAAACCUUUGGAAGCAAACCAAGAAUUACAGCCAAAAAGGCUGUAUUUCUUGGUCGAACUUCCAAAGGAGUCCUCAGUAGCACCCAGAAGGGUGCGCUCUGGAGUCAUCAACAUGAGCGCAAGAGAUAGGCUCGAAAGCCUAGCUCUUUCUAGAAGGUCUGCUUCUGAUCUCACGAUCAUGAAGCAGACCAAAAUAAUAUCACAGCCACAGCCACAGUCACAGCCACAGUCGCAAUUGCAGCCUUUGAGGCUAAAGCUGAGGCUUCCAAAGGCAGAGGUGGAGAAGCUUAUCAAAGAGAGCAAAGAUGAGGUUGAAGCAGGAGAGAGGAUCAUGGGUUUGUGCAUUGGCAAUGGUGACAUCAACAAAAACAAAAACAUAGAUGAGAUUAUUGAGGAAAAUGAUGAGGAAGUGGUGAUGUUGGACCACCAUGUUCAUUGGAAGGCUGCAAGAAACAGGGUUGGUGACAAUCCAAAGACACAUCAGCAGAAAAGAGUGAGUUUCAUGCCAAUCAGUGAAGGAAGGACUCCACUAGCAGUGGCUUCAUUAAGGCACUAUAUAUAAGGGCGUUUUUGUAUUAGUUUUCAUAUGUGUGUGGAACCCUUAUAGUUGUCAUCAAUAACUGUAAACCUAUAAUGGUUUCGUUCAACAGCGUUAUAUAUAAUGAAAUGAUACAAAUAUAAUAUGUACAUUAAUUAUUCCGAA